AUGGCUUUGAUUCCAGUGUUACUUCUUCCCCACUCCCCAGAUAUGUUGGAAGAAAUGAGAGCUGCAAUGCAGCAAGCUUUCUCGGAGUGGCAAAGAAACUCAGGAUUUACGUUCAUUCAGAAUCCACCAGCUGCUUAUGCUUUGCCGCCACCGUUCGGAGAGAAAAAUUUUCACGCCGAUGAGAACUGGAGCAUUGACCCAACCAAAGAUCAGUUUGACUUGGUGUCUGUGGCGUUGCACGAAAUAGGGCACGUUCUUGGACUUCGACAUCUAUCUGUAAAAGACGCCGUCAUGUCCCCGGACUCUCAUUACGGAGUGGGAAAAAGAAAACUGCACCGCCUUGACAUUGCCGCCCUAGCUGUUAUGUAUAAUCAGUGGGGCCGAUUCUUGAGGACAAUCUUUAGUUGA